GAUUACUUUCUUCAACGAGAAGACUAUUUCGCCGGGAAGUUCCACGAGUUCGGGGAGGAUCUGGUGGCCGCAGGGAAAACCUUAUUUGGCAAGCAAAGCUUUUCCUCCUUCCUGGGCCAGAUAGUGAUUUUCUGCCCCCAACAAAAACACUUGAUGAACUUGCUAAACUUGGAUUAGGAAAACCUGUGCAAGAUUCAGCAGACAGCCGCACAAACUCGAAGAUUGGGUUGAACUGGAGUCUAGCGGAAUUAAACAGCUUUGUUUGUCACAGCUACCCUCACAUAAGCUUAAAUUUGGUUGGGUUUGAAUUGGCAAGAACAGGCAAAGGACGCAAAAUCCAGAUAUUGAAUGUUCGUUCUGUGAGGGAACUAAAAACAGCUGUUGGCAAAAGCAGACUUUACAUCGUGCCACGAGCCACUGUCUUGCAGGAAACCUCACCACCCUCAGCCAUGUCCCAGAAUUCAUUCCCACCACUCUCUGCAGCUCCAGCAGCAGAUGAGACCUCACAGGUGGCUAAGGAAAAUGUGGUUUCAGAUCAGGUGGCAUCCACAUCCUCUGCCAUAUCCAUGGUUUCAUUCCCACCACUCUCAAUUGCUCCAGUACAAGAUGAGACCGCCCCUUUGGCUGAGAGUACCCAAGCUCAAAGUGUGGUUGCAAAUCGGGCUCUUCAAGAAUGGCAAGCAAUACGUGCCCAGCAAGACCAGGAAUAUAAUGACAAUUUGUUGGUGGAUCAGGAGAAGGAGAGGAAGAAACUAGCCUAUCAGGCCUGUGAGGAAAGGCGUCAAAAGGCUAUUGAAGCAAGACAUCAGCGUCUAUCUGCAUGUGAGGUACCCUCUGAUGGGGUGUUGAUCAAAUUUAAAUAUCCAGAUGGACACCUCAACAUGAGGAAAUUCAGCUUGUGUGAGCCAAUUCAGACCUUGUUUGACUUUGUGGGACAAGAUGAUGGUGCCAGUGAAAUCUUUGUGGUACAAGAAGCCACAUCAUCAAGAUCAAUUGAGAGCAGUUCCGCCGGGUCAAUAAUGGAUCAUGGCAUAAAACCAUCCUCAACUCUUUACGUACUUUGGUUUUCAAAUCACCAUGUACAGGAAAUUCUCUCAGGUCAACAAAAUGAUGGAGCUCAUGCCCUAAACCAUACAUCUCCUGGUCAGUCGUCGCUGUCUGAGCCCUCAACCCCGCAAAGUCUCUCUGUGCCCUCUCUCCAGUCUGAGCCCUCAACCCCGCAAAGUCUCUCUGUGCCCUCUCUCCAGUCUGAGCCCUCAACCCAGCCAAGUCUCUCUGUGACCUCCACCCACUCACUGCUGUUUGAGCCCUCUCUCCAGCCUCUGCCAUCUGAGAACUCUAUCCAGCCAUCGCUCACUCUGAUCUCACAACCGCAAGAAAUCCUGACUGAUGAAGAACCAUCACUCCCUCCUUCACCUGUCCAGGAACCAAUCAUUGAUCUUGAUGAACAAGAGGAGACGGUUUCACAAACUCAGUCUCCUGUAUCAACACAUCACCUUAGAGGACCUGUGGAUGAGAUUGAUCUACAGACCAUAUUGAAAAAACUGGUCAGCAAAGUAGAUGACUGCUUCUCUCCAACAAGCAACCAAAUAAAUGUGUGCAGGGACAAUGUUUUACCAUGUAGCCUGCGGGCGUUUAAACGGAAGUCCUUCGACCCUGAAGCAAGACUGGAUGUUGUCUUUGUGGAUGAAGAUGACAAUGGUGAAGGGGCAGUUGACGAAGGCGGCCCGACCAGAGAGUACCUAAGGCUGUUGAUGAGGGCCGUCCACCAAUCAAACAUCUUCGAUGGACAUGAGAAAGACCGGCAGUUGCGUCUUGAUACGCAAGCUUUACAGAGUAAACUGUACACCUGGGUGGGGAAAAUGAUAGCUGUGUGCAUCAUUCAUGGAGGAGUUGGUCCGCAUUUCUUCUCGGAAAGGCUUUUCCGGCAAAUCUGUGGAAUAGAAACGACCCCGGCCACGGUCGAUGAAGUUGGCGACCAUACUUUUAGGGAGCAGUUGAUGAAAAUACAGGAUGCAACAACAGUCAGAGAGGCAAACAAUGCAAUAACAGAGGCAGCAGAUAGUCUCAGUAUUAUAGGUGCCUUGAGACAUGUGUCCAGCCUGGAAGAGAAGGACUCCCUUGUCCAGUCAGCUGCUGACUUCUUUGUCAACGGCAGAUUGGCGACUGCCCUGGACCAGUUUGCUGAUGGGUUAAAAACCCUUGGAUUACUCAAAGAGAUGAGGGAGAAUCCGGCCGUGUUCUUCAACUUCUUUGUCAAUGAGGAAAUUCCCCUUCAGGCGAAGGACCUGUGCAAGUUAUUUGUUCCAGACUUCUCAGCGCAGGGCAGCAACCGGAGAAACCGAGAAAAUAUGACAAUCUGCUUCUGGCGUGACUGGUUGAUUGACAUAGAAGAAGGAGAAUGCAGUCCAGUCACCCUUGAGAGGGUUUUGGAAUUUUCGUCUGGAGCCUCUGUAGUCCCUCCACUGGGAUUUCCACACCCUCCUCAAAUACAGUUCAUUCAUGAAGAGAACCGAAUCUUCCCUGAAGCAAACACGUGUAUUGUUACACUACGCCUGCCGCUGCACUCUUCUUAUGAAUGGUUUAAAAAACAUAUGAUGGAGGGAAUUUUGCAAGCGCCGACCUUUGGUCUUGCAUAAUGUUACCGUGUUUGUUUUUAAAAUUGUUCAGUGCAGGUUGUUAGAGGGCAUGCCUCUAUUGUUCCCAAUUGUUUUCUACAUUCUAGUUUUACAAGUGCUCUUUAACUUGGCACUUGUUGUUCUAAUC